AUGCCCUCUCGGAGCGUUCCGGUCUUGACCUGCGUGCUGCUCCUGUUGACGCUGUGCCAUGACGUUCUGUCUCGUCGGGGUGGCUUCGGAGGCGUAGGUGGGCGCUGGGGAGGAAUAGGGAGGGCCGGAGGAGGUGGUGGUGGUGGGGGAGGCUGGGGAAGCUUUGGAGCUCACAGAAGUGGAGGUGGCGGCAUUGGAGGAGGACACCACUACAAAGCGGCACAUGGCCAAGGAGGAAUCUCGUCCUCGGGAUCCUCGAGCGCCGGGAAGAUAGCGGGAGCGGCGGCGGCCGGAGCGCUCGGAGGCAUGGUGAUCGGACAUGGGCUCGGAUCCAUGUCCCGACCCGGAUAUGCAUACGGACACGGGUGGCACGGCGGGCAUGGGUAUGACGGACACGGGUACACGGGAGGACACGGCCACCCGAGGUAUGCCGGAGGACAUGGCAAAGGACACGUCCAUCAUGAAGAUGGCGCCGGGAUCAGGAACGAGACGGAUAUGGAGUACUACACCGGAUCCGCCAGCAGGGGGCAGUCUUACAGCUGCGUGAUGAUGCUCGGAGCCACUGUGUCCUUCUUUAUCAGGUCCUGGAGCUCAUAGAGUCGACCAUUCGCACCCCGAAGAGUAAAAACUGACUGCAAAACCACUUUCCUCUUCAACUCGAUUUCUAAGACUCCGGGCUUAAAAAAAGUUUGCUAGUCAGAAACGCUAACAGUUUAAACGGACAAAAACAGACACUGCAGAGCUGAAAA